CUUGAUAACAUAUAUCGUUUUUCGCCUCUGGCAAUGCUGCUAUGACGUUCCUUGGUGAAAUUCAACUUAGUAUCAAAUAGGCUUCGAAACUGUCAAGAAUAAAAAUUAAUACAGUCCACAACAAAAUCUUAUAUAUUUCUCACCAUAUUACUGGUCCGUCGUUCCGGAUUCUUGGACAGUUUUUGAAGUGCUUUGAUUCUCAGGGUAAUUGCUUGCUAUGGAACAAUUAAAAUCAUUAGUGAAAAGCCGUGCCAGACUCAAGGCCAAUAUCACACGUGUCUUAGCAUGGGCUGAACAAACGGAAAGUGCAGCACACACAGAGAUCGUCACACGCAUGGAGCUUCUAAACGAGGUUUGGAAGGAGUUUAACCAGUUCAGCGAUUGCAUUUCUCUUCACGAGGGAGUGGAGGUUAUGUAGAUCCAGAGAUUGACAACGCGCUCUACGAGACAAAAUACCUAAGAACGCUAUACUCAAGGAACGAAGCAAUGAUCUACAACCGGCGACACCUCAAGGCAGUGGGAAUGACAGCAAUGGGCUACGUUCAAACAAUGACGCAAUCCUGAACUUGCUGCAGCAAAACCAACAACUAUUUGUGCGACUUGCAGUAAGUCAGACCACACCGAACACGCCUGAUCAUGUUGGUGGUGACGUCACGUCGCCCAAUUCUAACUCGGUACUCACGGCGAAUUCAACUCUGAGCGAAUUGCCGAAAAUUCAAAUCAAGCGGUUCUAUGGAAACUACACAGAGUGGCACAAUUCAUAGCAAACAGCAUUUGUCCAACACCCAGAAGUUCCAUCACUUGAAAACACUUCUCGUAGAUGAGGUUGCCAACUUAGUGCGACACUUGGCCAUCACUGACGCGUCGUACAAUACUGCAUUGGAACGUCUUAAGGAGAGGUACAAUCGUCCUCGGCACAUUGUAAACUCAUUUUUGGAGCAGUUUAUGAGCCUGCCAACAACUACAAAGAUCGAUGCAACAGUCCUACGGAAUGUCUCAGACGGAGCAAACGAAAUUGUUCGUGGGUUGAAUGCAGUCAAUCAAAAGGGACGCGACUGUUGGAUCAUCUACCAAGCCCUAGAGAAACUCGAUGCUGACACACGGCGCAGGUGGAUUGAGCGUAGCAUGGAGUCAGAUUCACCCACCCUGGAGGCGUCCUUCAAAUUUCUGGAUUCUCGCUGCGAAGAACUGGAGCUGAGCAAGAGGGAGCUUGCGACUGGAAGCAAGACAACAACACAUCCUGAAAAGCAAAAAAGGGUCACACAAUCGAUGGUUGCGGUUAAAAGCAGUGGCUGCACCAAAUGUAGUUCUACAGAACAUACUCUGUAUGGAUGUCAGCUGUUUCUGGAUAUGUCUGGGGUGCAGAGACGAUCAUUUGUGAAGGAGAAAUCACUGUGCUACAAUUGCUUUCGACCUGAUCAUGGGGUCAACAGGUGCAAGUCAACAUUCAAAUGCAGACAAUGCAAAGGAACCUUCUGUGCAAUGAUGUUGUUUCUAUUAUUCACCACGGGCCACACUCAACAAAUUCAAAUAACCAACCCAGAUUCCGACCUUGGCUAUUUACUCUUCUCAAGCAUUCCAAUUGAAAUACCGAUAUACCUAUAUAUUCAAUCUAUGUAAAAGAAAACCGCCAUAUAUCUUAUAUACAUAUAUCUUUUUUCGCCUCUGGCAAUGCUGCUAUGGCGUUCCUUGGUGAAAUUCAACUUAGUAUCAAAUAGGCUUCAAAACUGGCAAGAAUAAAAAUUAAUACAGUCCACACAACAAAAUCGUAUAUAUGUCUCACCAUAUUACUGGUCCGUCGUUCCGGAUUCUUGGACAGUUUUUGAAGUGCUUUGAUUCUCAGGGUAGUUGUUUGCUAUGGAACAAUUAAAAUCAUUAGUGAAAAGCCGUGCCAGACUCAAGGCCAAUAUCACACGUGUCUUGGCAUGGGCUGAACAAACGGAAAGUGCAACACACAUAGAGAUCGUCACACGUA